AUCGGACUAUUCCUUCCAUUAUUUGCUAAUCACCCCAUCUCUCCACUCACUCUUUCUCUCUCAGGACUCAGCAAACUUAAAACUCCACAAAGAUAAUGGGAAGUGUAGGAAGCGAGAGAACAACUACAGGAUGGGCAGCAACAGACCCAUCAGGGAUACUCUCUCCUUACACUUUUGCUCUUCGGGAAACAGGUCCAGAAGAUGUAUACAUCAAGGUUACAUACUGUGGAGUCUGUCACACUGAUAUUCAUCAAGUCAAGAAUGAUCUUGGCAUGUCUAACUACCCCAUGGUCCCUGGGCAUGAAACAGUAGGAGAAGUAAUUGAGGUAGGAAAAGAUGUGACAAAAUUCAAAGCUGGUGAUAGUGUUGGAGUUGGAUUAAUCAUUGGAAGUUGCAGAGAAUGUUCAUCAUGUACCUCAAACAUUGAACAAUACUGUAACAAGAAGAUCUGGAAUUACAAUGAUGUCUAUACUGAUGGUAAACCAACUCAAGGAGGUUUUGCUUCUACAAUGGUUAUUGAUCAGAAAUUUGUAGUGAAGAUACCAGAAGGAUUAGCACCAGAACAAGCAGCACCACUCUUAUGUGCAGGGUUGACAGUUUAUAGUCCGCUGAGAAAAUUUGAUUUAACAACAAGUGGAUUAAGAGCUGGGAUUCUAGGACUUGGUGGUGUUGGACAUAUGGGUGUCAAAAUUGCAAAAGCAAUGGGUCAUCAUGUGACUGUAAUAAGUUCAUCUAACAAGAAAAAAGAAGAAGCUAUGGAUCAUCUUGGUGCAGAUGAUUAUAUCGUUAGCUCCGAGCCUGAACAAAUGGGAAGAGCAGUUGAUACUCUAGAUUAUAUUAUGGAUACCAUUCCUGUUGUUCAUCCACUUGAACCUUACCUUCCUUUAUUGAAAGUCGAUGGUAGAUUCAUUAUCAUGGGUGUCAUUGCUCAGCCUCUACAAUUUAUCACUCCCAUGAUCAUGCUCGGGAGGAAAUCGAUUACGGGGACUUUCAUCGGAAGCGUGGAAGAAUCGUCGGAAAUGCUUGAGUUCUGUAAAGAAAAAGGUGUAACCUCUUCUAUUGAAUUGGUGAAAAUGGAUUACAUUAACAAAGCAAUGGAAAGGUUGGAGAAGAAUGAUGUAAGAUACAGGUUUGUCGUCGAUGUGGCCGGCAGCAAAAUUGAUCUUUGAGAGCUGAAAUCAUUCCAAAUCCUAUGAUAGCGCGUGUGUGGGGAUUGAACUAGUGGAGGAAAAAUUUGUGGAGAACAAAAAAUGGUGGGAAAAACUACAUCAUCUUUGUGUUUAAAAAAAUCUGCUUCUUUCUUGUUGUUUUAUAUUCUUCUUCCAAUAAUUGGAUUGUUGGUAGUUUUUGUUUGCGCAAUUUUUAUGGUGAAAAUAUGCUUCGAACUUGAGUGUAAAAUGUAUGUCCUCAGUUUCGUUCUUCUCUUAAGAUACAAACAGGGUUCGACUCAACUGCUAAACUGUUGAGUGCUAAAGUUACCUGCAAAA